AUUAAAUCAGAUAGAUUAUGAGGUAAAACAUUUCACAAUAGAUUUAGUUAUACAUUAUUAAAUGGGGAAAAGGUCAAGGAGAGAAUUUUAUAAAAAUUAAACUAUAAAGGAGAUGAGGAUCGAAAAAAAUAAUUAGAUUUAUAUUUAGAUGAAUUAAAUAAAUUAGGAUUUUACAUAGAAUUAUUACCUUAAAUUGAACCAAAGUUUUUUGUUGAAAAACAAGGUUUCUCUAUAAAAGAAGCACUAAUAUUAACAAGAGGUGAAAAAUAAGUUAGACCAACUGAUGAAGAAAUAAAUUAAUUAAAAUAUGAUGAAGAAACAAACAUUUUAAAAUUGGAAUUUUAAAAUAUACCUUUUGAGAAUUAGAAUAAAAAAUAAUAUAUUUUAAUUCUUGGUCCACCUAAUAGAGGUAAAACUACUUUCAUUUUUAAUAUUAUAAAUAAUAUAUUUAAUGUUUAAUAUAAUAGUAUGUAUAGAGUUAAAAAGAAAGCAUAAGAAUAAAAAGAAUAUUUUGAUGAAUAUCAUAUAUAAAUAUCAGGCAAAAAUUAUGUCUUUGUAGAUUUUAGAGGAAUUGGAGAUUUAAAACUUGAUUUUUUAGGUUUAGAUUAAACUGGGCAUACUAAUUUAUAUGUUUAAAUUUUAGUUUAUAUCAAGGAUAAACUAAAAGAGAAUUCUACAAUAGCUGCAAUAUUUUAUAUAAAUUCUUCAUCUAUUAAUAGAUUAUCGGAAGAUGAAUCUUAUUGUUUACAACGUUUUUUUGAAAUGAUUCCUAAAACUAUAAUCUAGAAUAAUAAAUUCUUUUUAAUUCUAACUUAUUGUACUGAUAAUUAACCUAAAAUGACUAUUUAUGAAAAAUCAAGUUCAACACCAUAAGACUUAAAAAAUUUAAUAAGUACUAAAAAUUUAGCAUAAGAAUUAAAAUUUUGGUAUGGUAUAAAUAAUAAACCUUUAUAUGAACCCAUAAUUUUAUAAGAAGAACAAUAAGAUUUACAAUAACAAUAAAAAGAGAAUCAAAAUGAUUCCUUAAGUAAAGAACUUUAGGAGUUAAUUAAGAAUAUUGAAAUAAAUGAUAAUGGUUGUUUAAAUCCUUAAGGAGAUGCAAAUGAUGGACAUGAAUUAGUUGAAAAUUAAGAUGAUUAAUAGAAUUAAAUUGCUGAAAAUAAAUAAUAAGUAGAAUUAGGCGAAGGAUAAUUAUAAAAGUUUUAGUAUAAUUUAAUGACAAAUGUAAUAAAAGAAAUAAUUCAAAAAGUUGAUAAAUUAUCACAUUAAAAUGAUAAUUAGAAAAUUUUAAAAUUUUUUGAGAAUUAAUUGAAGUAUGAAAAUGAUAUACUCGAUUUGUUAAAAAUAUACUAAUCAAAAAAAAGUCCAGAACAAAUAUAAAAAGAAGAAAUGAAAUAAUUUACAACUACUUAUUUAGUUUAUGAAUUUAAAUAGUUAUAAGAAAAAGAAAUAAUUAUAACUAAAAAAGGAUCUAAAGUUCUUAUGUGUAAUGUUUGUCAUUUGAAAUGUCAUCUUAAUUGUUACAUGAGAAGUGCUGAAGAUAGAGUAAGAAUUUGUAGAAAAUUUAAUGAAAAUUUAGAAUGCACAAAAUGUUAAAAAAAUUAAAAAGAAGGUAAUAAAGUUAAGAAAUGUGGACCUUCUGAUCAUAUUCUUCUAGGACUAGGCUAAGAAAUUUUUAAAAAAACAUAAAUAACAUUAAUUAAUUAUGUUAAUUAUUCAAACAUUAAAAAUUAUUUACCUUUGAAUAAAAAAUCUAAGGCAUUAAAUCGACUUAAAUAAACAGCAGCUAUAAAAGCAUAGCUUAGUUAUUAAGAUUAAAUUUAAAAAAUUAAAGUUAAUAUUUCAAGUUCUAUUUAAUCUAAUGAAAGUGAAGAAAAUUGCAUCAAUAUAGAUUUAAAUAAAAGAGCAAAAUAUUUGGAUGCCAUGAUGAUUUAAUUAGAAAAUAAUAACUAAAAUGGUGAUGGUUUUUACUAAAAAUUACAAGAAUAAAUUGAAAUUUAUAAAAAUUUUGAAAAAUAAAAAAAUAAUCAUAAUAAUAACGGUUUAAAUGUUUUAGAAACUUAAUUGAUUAAUUUAUAAUCUUAACCUUUGAAUUAAUAAUAACCAUAAUAAUAAUCACCUAAAUAACAAUAACCAUAAUAAUAAUCACCAUAAUAAUAAUAACCAUAAAAGUAAAAUAAUGUAAAUAUUCCUAGUUUAUCACUUGGGAAUUCAAGUAUAAGUUAACAAUAAAAUUCAUACAUGUCUUUUAGACAAUAAUAAAGUUUUUUAUAAAAUAAUGAAUUUAAUAACAAUAGAUAAUAAUAAAAUGACGAACCUUAAUAAUAAUAACUAUAAAAUUCUGCAAUGUUUAACAUCUUAAAUGAUUAAUAACCUUUAAUAACAUAAAAUUGA